AAUUUGCAUCAAAUUUCCCGUACCACCCACAACUGAUGAUUAUAAAUAUAGCCAACCGGAAAGUUGAAUCUGCCAGUCAAUAUACAGUUCUCCUCAAAUCGUCUUCAAUAAGAAGUUAUCUUACAGAACAAUGUUGAAAUUUGCGGUUGCUAUUCUCAGCGUAACAAUUGCUGUUAUGCAAAUCAAGGCUUUUACACUGCAACAGCGCCACCAGGGAGAUAUCUACGCCAUCGAGUGCGUCGCUGAAACUGGAGUCAAUCCAGCAUCGGUGGCCCAGUUGCGAGUGGGAGACUUUUCGGCAAACGACAAACGAUCAAAGUGCUUCAUUCGGUGUUUCUUCGAAAAGGAAGGAUUUAUGGACAGCAAGGGAAAUCUGCACAUGGAGAAAAUCGCCGAUACCCUGUCCGGUGAUUUCGAUCGGGAGAAGGUUGAAAUGGUGCUUUCGAAUUGUUCCACGAAGGAGAAAAAUGCAUGUGACACAGCUUUCCAUAUGUACGAGUGUUUCUACAAUCAUCGCGAAAAUCUAUGAGUAGUGUGGUGUGAAUAUUCAAAUCUAUAGCUCCUCAUUUGUGGCGUGAAUUCGUGAAAGUGCUCACAUCGAAAUACAACUCAAUUACCGUCAUAACAAAGCAUGCAAUCAAGCGGGAAUCGUUCUUUUGAUAGCCCUAAUUAAUGAGAAUUCUCAUGGUCUGCGCAGUAUCCAUUUAAAGCUGCCCUAGGGCUGUAUAGGUCAACCCAUGUUUAUGUUGUUGGCAGGAUUUAUUGGUUCUUUUGACGCGUGUUUACUCCUGAUACGAGCCGGCCAUAUUUAAAUUUUACCCAUAUGUAGGUUCUUCCAGCGACAGCAGUGUGUGGUUAACAACGUCACGCAAUGCCAGUGGCAUGCAGGUAAACUAUCAUUUAAGGAUUUAUCAUACUGGUCAUAAACAAUGUGUAGCAAUGCCGUUUUAGUGUCAUACCGGGCUCAACCUGAAAAGUAGUCAUGCGAUAACGUACAAUUUCGAUCGCACCAGUUUGAGAGAACCUUAGACCUGUAACGAAACUGAAGAAAAACAAGCCUGCCUUGUGAGGAGGCGAUAUUUAUAAAUUCACUUAUGGCAUAGCUAUUGUUACCACCAUACCAGUAAUGCUACGAGCGGUUUUUAGCUUUCUUGCAGUUCGAGUUAAUCACGUUGGAGUUGUGAACAUGCAAAAAGGUGUGACGUCUAACGAAUGAACGUCCGUUAGAAUUUAUGCCGAUGUAUUUUUAGCUUUGUUGAGCAGUAAUUUGCAAUAUGUGUUGCGCCGGGUAAAAUAUGCUUUUUCCGAACUAACUAAUUAGUUUGCUGAAUUCUAAGAGGUCUAGAAAUAUCGAAACAAGGUUGUAAUAGACAUUUAGGGAAAUGGAACCAUCUCGACAAGGCUUAUAUUUUGGGCACUUUUCUGCUGUAACUCAUUCAAUGUUGAAACAAUUGACACAAUUUUUGAAACUUGGUGAGAUACAUAUGAACAGAUAUGUGUGUCUAGUCGUGUACAACAUUUCAAGCCAAUUGUUUUGGAGUUGACUGAGUUAUAGCGAAAAAGUGCUCAAAACACCAGCAACUGUUAUAACACUGUUCAACAAAAAAACUUUUGCCGUGAUC